AUGUUCAAUCCUGACAAUGAUGAUCCAGUACCUAAGACACUUCUAACCAUACCCACUGAAUAUCAAUCUACAAUACCAAAAACGUCGUCUUCUCAAACACCAAUCCAGAAAAGCACAAUGGCAGCCAAGAAUCAACCUCUCUUCGACACUACCACCAACGAGAUGAAAUUUAGACAACGAGUUAUGGAAAUGGUUCCAUUUUACAAUGGUGACCCUGAAACCCUUUCGGACUGGUUACGUGAUACGGGAGCAUUUUUUGCCAAAGAAUGUGUUCCCGAUGCUCAUCAAGUCUUUGCUAUACGUUUUCUUCUUACUGAACAGGCUCUCGAUAUAUAUAGUGCUCAUGAAGAUCUAAUUCACAAUUUCACCGAUCUCCGAAAGCUUCUCUUACAUGCCGCUGGUAAAGCUCCUUUGCGAACUCUCGCGUCACUUGAUUCAAUCUCUAACUUAACACUCUCUAUGGCUCAGCCAGUAGCGAAUUCAACACGUCUCGAUCCUAAUUUGACUACAACCACAUCUUUACCAACAACAUCCAUAACAUUUGCUCAAUCAGCAGAUGAUUUAACUCAAAAUGAAUAUCGAAAGUCCAUCAUUACUCAAUUUCGAGAAGAUAAAUCUCUAAAAUUCUCCGGUGAACAUAAACAGGAUGUUAUUAAGUGGCUUGAAAAAUUGGAACGCAAGUUUCAAAUAGCAGAAAUUAGCGAUGUUAAAAAGUUUGACUAUCUUACUGAAUUGUUAGAAAAAGGGGCUCUGAAUUGGUUCAUUGAACGCAAAUCAUCACUCAAUCGAUCAUGGCCAGAUUUUGUUGAACAAUUUAAAACAGUCUAUGAUUCUCCUAAUCGGUCGCAACUUGCAUUUCAAAAACUACAGUACUAUCAUCAAUCCGCAGAUCAAGACAUUCGAAGUUUUUGCAGCGCGAUGCGAAAGUUAUGCAAAGAAUAUGAUCCUGAUAUGAGCAAGAAAAUGCGACUUGACUUUCUCCUUCGCUCAGUUAACCCGACUUAUCGUCCGGAAAUAUUAAAACUUAAACCAACAGAUGCAGACGAAUUUGAACAAAUUGCAUUAGACGUUGAAAAUGCUUUUCUUACACUAAACGCAUAUGAAACAUAUACUCCAUCAAAUGUGACUACUUAUACCGCUUUACCACCAUCUGGCUAUAAUUAUCCCGCUACACAACAAUCACCUGCCUCGAAUUCUCAUUAUUAUCGAAGACAAAAUAACUUUCGAUCCACUCAACGUUCAUCUUCUAAUACAACUUCUAAUACAACUUCUAAUCAAUUUACGUCCUCUCCAAAACAUCACUCAGGAAGUCCACAAUCCUCAACAUACAAUCCAUCCCAGCCACCACGACAACAAAACCUCUUCGCCUAUACCUCAGCUACUCCUGACACGCAACACUCACACCAAUCCAUACCUCCCCUGAUGCCUCCAUCUCAAUCUACAACUCCUCCGCAACAAAUAUUGUCUUGCCAGUGGUGCAAUCAGCAUGGACACUCCGCUCGAGACUGUCCUUUUUAA